GAGGAGUCCGGAGCCGAACAAAAGCAGGCGGCGAGGGCCGGAGCGGUGCGCGCAGGCCCGGCGCAGGGGGGGCCCAGCCAGCCCCGAACGCGGCCCCAGGGUGGGGGAAAGUUUGGAGCCCUCCCCCGGUGCGCGGGGGCUCCGCCGCGUUCCGGCCGCGGUAGCUCCGGCGCUGCCAUCGCGGGCGGCCGCCCCGCCGCGGCCAGCGCUGCCGCCGCCUCCUCCUCGUCCCCGGGCGCAGCCCCUGCCCCCGGGCCGCCCGCUGCCUCCCCGGCGCGGGGCUGAGCUGCCCUGCUUUUGGAGUCGCCGCCGUUUCCCCUCCCUUCCCCGGAACCCCCCCCUUUCCCUCCCUCCUCCUUCCCUCCCUCCCUCUUCCCUCCUCCCUCCUCCUCCUCCUCCAGCAGCCAAAGGGAUUUUUUCCCCUUUCUUUUUUCUCUCUUUUUUUUUUUCCCUCCCCCCCCCCCCCUUUUCAUUUUUCUCCUCCUCCUCUUCCUCCCCGCCGCGGAGCCGGGCGCCAGCGUGAAGGAUAAAUAAAAAGCGAAGAGGAAGAGGCUGGGGAGGAGGAGGAGGAGGAAGAAGGGGGGGGAGGAAAGAAGAAGAAGAAAGCGAGCAAGAAAAGAAAGCGAGGAGCCAGGCGGCCAGCCCAGCCGCGCCGCUCCCGGCAGCCAGGGCAGGAGGCGGCGGCGGAGCGGGGCCGGCGGCCGGCGAUGGAUGACCAGCCGCGGCUGAUGCACACGCACAGCGGGGUGGGGAUGCCGGGGCACCCGGGCCUGUCCCAGCACAUGCAGGAUGGACCAGGCGGGGCGGAGGGGGAGGCAGGCAGGAAGCAGGACAUCGGAGACAUCUUACAGCAGAUCAUGACCAUCACGGACCAGAGUUUGGACGAGGCGCAGGCCAGGAAACAUGCUUUAAACUGCCACAGGAUGAAGCCGGCGCUUUUUAAUGUCUUGUGUGAAAUCAAAGAAAAAACAGUGCUGAGCAUCCGGGGGGCGCAGGAGGAGGAGCCCACGGACCCGCAGCUGAUGAGGUUAGACAACAUGCUGCUGGCAGAGGGGGUGGCGGGCCCCGAGAAAGGAGGGGGCUCGGCCGCCGCUGCCGCCGCCGCCGCCGCGUCCGGAGGAGCCGGCUCCGACAACUCGGUGGAGCACUCGGACUACAGAGCCAAGCUGUCCCAGAUCAGGCAGAUCUACCACACGGAGCUGGAGAAGUACGAGCAGGCGUGCAACGAGUUCACCACGCACGUGAUGAACCUGCUGCGCGAGCAGAGCCGGACCCGGCCCAUCUCGCCCAAGGAGAUCGAGCGGAUGGUGAGCAUCAUCCACCGCAAGUUCAGCUCCAUCCAGAUGCAGCUGAAGCAGAGCACGUGCGAAGCCGUCAUGAUCCUGCGCUCGCGGUUCCUGGACGCACGGCGGAAGAGACGAAACUUCAACAAGCAAGCCACGGAAAUCCUGAAUGAGUAUUUCUAUUCCCAUCUCAGCAACCCUUAUCCCAGUGAGGAAGCCAAAGAAGAGCUAGCCAAGAAAUGUGGCAUCACAGUCUCACAGGUAUCAAACUGGUUUGGAAAUAAGAGAAUCCGGUACAAGAAGAACAUAGGUAAAUUUCAAGAGGAAGCCAAUAUUUAUGCUGCCAAAACAGCUGUCACGGCUACCAACGUGUCAGCCCAUGGAAGCCAGGCUAACUCACCCUCAACUCCCAAUUCAGCUGGUUCUUCCAGUUCUUUUAACAUGUCAAACUCUGGAGAUUUGUUCAUGAGCGUGCAGUCUCUCAAUGGGGAUUCUUACCAAGGGGCCCAGGUUGGAGCCAACGUGCAGUCACAGGUGGAUACCCUUCGCCAUGUUAUCAGCCAGACAGGAGGAUACAGUGACGGACUCGCGGCAAGUCAGAUGUAUAGUCCGCAGGGCAUCAGUGCUAAUGGAGGGUGGCAAGACGCUACUACCCCAUCGUCGGUGACCUCCCCCACAGAAGGCCCUGGCAGCGUUCACUCUGAUACCUCCAACUGAUCUCCCAGCAAAUUGCAUCCCUGGCUGAGCCGGCCCCGGCGGGGGCGGGAGAGGAGGGGCCUCUCCUAACACCGCAGCAGUCAGACUGGAGGUGAACCCAAUCAGCACACACAAGAAGACUCCUUCUCUUCUCUUCGUCGGGAUGCUUUUUUCAGCCAAUCUGGACACUUCUUUAUACUCUCUUCCCUUUCUUUUCUGGGUAGAAGCCGCUCUCCCCCUCCCUGCCGCCGCCACAACACCGCUCCCUUCCCCUCCCCGCUUCCCCCCCAAGGUAGAAGGAUUUUAAGGAGGAAAAGCAAAAAUCCACCACCACACAAACCAAGCCCAGAGCAACGUACAGCCUCAUGCUGGGUGUCUUUCUGAGGAGCUACAAAUGUACCUCAGUCACGUCUCGCUCCCUCGCUAGCAGGCAGCCCCUGCCCCCCUUCCUUUCACGCUACCUCUCCGUAGGGAAUUGCCACCGUAGGGAAUCUGCUCCUGCCUCAUCUCCACAGCCUCCCUCACUCAGCCCUGCCCCGGUGAGCUGUCCCUCGGCUGCUGCAGGGACAGGGCAGGUGGCACAGCCCCCGUGCACGUGGAAGGAGGCAGCGUGCUCCCCCUCGCUUCCAAAAGGUACCGUUCCCAUUGCCAGCCCUGGGGAAACUUCCCAGUGCCAGCCCUACCCGGCCAAGCAUCCCUGCUGCUGCCUGCUGUGAUCUGGAUGAGCUGUGGAACCCUGCUGUCCUGCCUGCCUGUUGCUGGAGGGGAGAAGAGGAGGGAAGGAAGGGAGGCAGAGGCAGGUGAGAAAUGGCCGUCGCUGCUAACACGUCCCUGGAGCUGUGUGGGGUCAGGCUGCUGGGACACAGCACCUGGAGAUCCUGGUGCUGCAGUUCUCAUGCUGAGGGCAGUGCCACGGGGUGUUGGCUCCUUUUCCAGGGGCAGAUGGGUUUUCCAGUUCAGGCAGGACCCACAGAGGUUUGUGCCACCCCCUGUUCCCAAAGCCCUGCCAAGCCAGCGGUGAGGGAUGGGCAGCAGAAUGCCAGGGGCUGGAAGUGCUGGGGCGAGUGUUUCGGGUGCUUUUGGUAGCUCUUCACACCACAGGUUUGCUCUGUGGCUGCCCCACUGGGGGAUGUCUCUGUGCUGGAGCUGCUGGUGUGACCCCAGGAGUUACCUGGGCAGUGGCCAUGGAAGGACUCACGGGGCUUUGUGCCCAGCUUUUCUGGCCCACUGUUAGGACAAGCAGUGAUGGCUGGCAAGCAAGGCUUCAUCCUGCCCCUUCAGGCUGGUGCUGAGAGGAUGUGGCUUUCGUGGAAGAGCAGGAAGAGGCAGCACCAGUUUCCCUGGGCAGCGGGCUGAGCUUCGUGCCAGGGUGGGACUUCUGGCCAUCGGUUCCUUCAGUGGGCACGAGGAGGCUGAGCCAGCCUGCAUCAAGACCCUGGGUGUGCUGGGGACUGGUGUGGGUGCAGGAUGUCUGGCACCUCGUGAUGGAUCCCAGGAUCCCCUGGGAUCAACACCUCACGCUGUUGAAUGUCCGUGCCCACCCUGCUUGUGCUGGUCUCAAGGUGGGAAGUGCCAGCGUGGAGCAGCAUUAAACAGAAACCAUUUAAAAUCAGAGCUCUGCCAAAAAUACUUCCACCCUUCUGCUGGAAAAAAUAACAGUCCCUGGCCUGCAGGGCACAGUGGUGGUGUGGCUGCAGCCCCAGCACGCUGUCACCUUGCAGCACAGGGGUGUCGUGUGUCCAGCAGUGACACUUCUGCUCCUUUGGCAUCCGUGCCAGGAGUGGGGACCCUGUGGCAGAGCAGGAUGUCACUUGAGGGGCCCAGGGCUGCCUCCCAGCUGUGUGCUCAGAGCAUGGAGAAGGUUGUUUUCCUGCAAGGACAGUCAGGAGGUGCCGCCCACCUUCCCCAGCUCUGCGCCUUCCCACUUUCCUCCUCGUCUUCCCGUGGCCUCCCUCAGCGCUGCCUUUGUCCACUUCCAGCUAAUUUUACACAAACCUGUUCUGGCAGGGCGUUCCAGGGACACAGGACUGGCUCAGGCCUCUCCUGCUGGAGCCAGCCCGCGCUGGGGCUGCCCCCUGCCCUGUGCCCCCUGCCCUGUGGGCUGCCCCUCGCUCCUCCACGGUACUUUGCAAAUCCCCUCCUGGGUUCCCCAGUUGGUCCCUCCAGUUUGUGUUGGCAUAGCUGCUUGCUUGCCUUUUUCUUUGCUUUUUCUUUUUUUUUUUAAUUUUUGAGUUUUGUUUCUCCUCCCCAUUCUCCUCCCCUGCUCCAGCCCUGAGUGUUGUGGGGUUUUUUUUCUUCUUUUUUUUUUUUUUUAUUAUUAUUUCUCUUUUCUGCCCAGAAAAACCUGACUUCGAUACCAAAAAAAAAACAAAACAAAACAAAAAAAAAAAACACAAAAAAAACACAAACAAAAAAAAAACCUGCAGAAACUCAAAAAAAAUAAAAAUGAAAAAAAAAAUCACAAAAAAAAACUCGACGAUUCUUUCAGCUUUAUUAACAUUUUCCAUUGUUUCUUGCGAUUUGUGUCUCGUUCUUUGUAGUAUUGAUGAUAACGAACAUUUGAUAAUGAAUGUUCUUGUAUAUUCAGAUAAAGGAGAAAAAAAAAACCAAAAACGCAGCCGGAAUUUAAUAGUGUUUAUAAUAAAAGAAUAAAAAAUGACCCUCUUAGCACGCAAAAUGGAACAGGGGGAAGGUCCCACCCCUGUUCUUUCUGUGGCAACAAGCGCUUCAUUCCUGUAUAGUUUAUAACAUCAAACUACCUACAUUCAUCCUCCUUUCUUUUGUUUGUUUGUUUUUUCCCAUGGUUUGGUUUUUUUUUCCAUUUUCUCGCAUUUGUGAAUUAGUUCAAGAAUGCUAGAAAAGUGUAGAGUUGUGCACACUCAUUUCUUCUUACACAAUGUUUAAAAAGUGACGGUAAUUCAUUUUGUAAAACUUUAAAAAGAAAAAAAUGGUUGGAAUAGUGAGCAUUAAUAGGUACAGUCUAACACUUUAUGUUUCUUAACGUUGAGACCCAGAAAUGAACCUUUUUUGUUGGGGUUUUUUUUUUAAUUUUUGCCUUGUUUGGGAUGGGGGGGAGGGGGCUUUGAUGAUGAUGAUGAUGAUGAUGAUGCUGAGUUUAUUUUGACCUGUCUGAGACUAUGGCCUUGCCACCUCCCCUGCGCUUUUGUGACCAGAGUGAUGUGAAAAGUGCUGGUGGUGUUUUUGGGGGAGGCAUUUCUCCCCGUUGCUGUCAGAUCCCAGCUCCAGGAGCUCCUGGUGUGGCUGCUCUGGGGCUGAGCAGUGGGAUGUCACCUCUGAAAGGGAUGGAAUUCCCAGGGGUUUUGGGGGGGAGGUGGGGGGGGAUCAAGCCCUGAGCUCCUAUGGGUCUUCUCUCUGGGGGUGUUGCUGAGCUGCCUGGAAGUGAGGAAAGGGCAGGAAUCCUUCCCAGAACGUGUGGAUGGUUCGUUCUCCUCCCUGAAUCCCCGUGUCCCCAAACCCAGGGAUUCAGGGUAAGGAACGUUCCAGCCUCACCUUGCCUGGACCUUGCUGGAGGUGAGGGCUCAGAGCCCUGGCUGCAGCAGCUGAGCUGGGACAGGGGUGGCACGUGGCCACAAUGUCCCAAAUCCAGCCCCAAUGUCCCAAAUCCAGCCCCAAAUCCCAGAGGCUGCAGAGUUGGUUCAAGGGGAAGCCCUGAGGAAGGUGCUGGUUGGCAUCGCUUCAGUUUUCUCCUAAAACCUCCUCCCAAAACAAAA